AUGUCUACUUACAUAACUUCCGGAAUGGUCAUUUCUCCAAUUACCAAUUACACUACAUCUCCUGUUAACAAUCCUACACAUUCCGUUACCAAUCCUACACCUUCUAUUACCAACCCUCCACCUUCCGUUACCAAUCCUACACCUUCCGUUACAAAUCCUACACCUCCUGUUACCCAUCCUACACCUCCCGUUAACAAUCCCAUACCUUCUGUUACCAAUCCUACACCUUCUGUUACCAAUCCUACACCUUCUAUUACCAAUCCUACACCUCCUGUUACCAAUCCUACACCUCCCGUUAACAAUCCUAUACCUUCUGUUACCAAUCCUACACCUACCGUUACCAAUCCUACACCUUUCAUUACCAAUCCUACACCUUCCGUUACCAAUCCUAUACCUUCUGUUACCAAUCCUACACAUUCCGUUACCAAUCCUACACCUCCCGUUACCAAUCCUACACCUUUCAUUACCAAUCCUACACCUUUCAUUACCAAUCCUACACCUUUCAUUACCAAUCCUACACCUUCCGUUACUAAUCCUACACCUUCCAUUACCAAUCCUACACCUUCUGUUACCAAUCCUCCACCUUCCAUUACCAAUCCUACACCUCCUGUUACCAAUCCUACACCUUCUGUUACCAAUCCUACACCUUUCAUUACCAAUCCUACACCUUUCAUUACCAAUCCUACACCUUCCAUUACCAAUCCUACACCUCCCGUUACCAAUCCUACACCUUCCGUUACCAAUCCUACACCUCCCGUUACCAAUCCUCCACCUUCUGUUACCAAUCCUACACCUUCUGUUACCAAUCCUACACCUUCUGUUACCAAUCCUACACCUCCCGUUACCAAUCCUACACCUCCCGUUACUAAUCCUACACCUUUCAUUACAAAUCCUACACCUCCCGUUACUAAUCCUACACCUUCUGUUACCAAUCCUACACCUCCUGUUACCAAUCCUACACCUUCCAUUACAAAUCCUACACCUCCCGUUACCAAUCCUACACCUCCCGUUACCAAUCCUACACCUCCCGUUACCAAUCCUACACCUCCCGUUACCAAUCCUACACCUCCCGUUACCAAUCCUACACCUCCCGUUACCAAUCCUACACCUCCCGUUACCAAUCCUACACCUACCGUUACCAAUCCUACACCUUCUAUUACCAAUCCUACACCUCACGUUACCAAUCCUACACCUCCCGUUACCAAUCCUACACCUUCCAUUACAAAUCCUACACCUUCCAUUACCAAUCCUACACCUCCCGUUACCAAUCCUACACCUCCCGUUACUAAUCCUACACCUUUCAUUACAAAUCCUACACCUCCCGCUACCAAUCCUACACCUCCCGUUACUAAUCCUACACCUUUCAUUACAAAUCCUACACCUCCCGUUACCAAUCCUACACCUCCUGUUACCAAUCCUACAUCUCCCGUUACCAAUCCUACACCCCCUGUUACCAAUCCUCCACCUCCCGUUACCAAUCCUACACCUUUCAUUACAAAUCCUACACCUUUCAUUACCAAUCCUACACCUCCCGUUACCAAUCCUACACCUCCCGUUACCAAUCCUACACCUCCCGUUACCAAUCCUACACCUCCCGUUACUAAUACUACACCUUUCAUUACAAAUCCUACACAUUUCAUUACCAAUCCUACACCUUUCAUUACCAAUCCUACACCUCCUGUUACCAAUCCUACACCUUCCGUUACCAAUCCUACACCUCCCGUUACCAAUCCUACACCUUCUGUUACCAAUCCUACACCUUCUGUUACCAAUCCUACACCUUCCAUUACCAAUCCUACACCUCCUGUUACCAAUCCUACACCUUCUGUUACCAAUCCUACACCUCCUGUAACCAAUCCUACACCUUUCAUUACCAAUCCUACACCUUCUGUUACCAAUCCUACACCUCCUGUUACCAAUCCUACACCUCCCGUUACCAAUCCUACACCUCCCGUUACCAAUCCUACACCUUCUGUUACCAAUCCUACACCUUCCAUUACCAAUCCUACACCUCCUGUUACCAAUCCUACACCUUCUGUUACCAAUCCUACACCUUCUGUUACCAAUCCUACACCUUCCAUUACAAAUCCUACACCUCCCAUUACCAAUCCUACACCUCCCGUUAACAAUCCUAUACCUUCUGUUACCAAUCCUACACCUUCCGUUACCAAUCCUACACCUCCCGUUACCAAUCCUAUACCUCCCGUUACCAAUCCUACACCUUUCAUUACCAAUCCUACACCUCCCGUUACUAAUCCUACACCUUCCAUUACCAACCCUACACCUUCUAUUACCAAUCCUACACCUUCUAUUACCAAUCCUACACCUUCUGUUACCAAUCCUACACCUUCUAUUACCAAUCCUACACCUACCGUUACUAAUCCUACACCUUCCAUUACCAACCCUACACCUUCUGUUACCAAUCCUACACCUUCUGUUACUAAUCCUACGCUUUUCUAUUUCCAUGCUAAACCUCCCGUUACCAACCACACACUUUUUUUCGUUAACAAUCCUACACUUUUCGUUGACAAUCCCUCACCUUCCGUUACCAAUCCUACACAGUUUUUUAACAAUCCUAAAACUGUCCCUUUACAAGUCUUUCAUGUUCUCCGGGAAAUGCAGCCUCAAGCAAUUGUUAUCCCGAAGAACACAUAUUGUUAUACAUAUUUUCCCCUGUAG